CGGAGAGCUGAAAAGGUCUCACUUGUUGCUGAGCAGGAGCUGCGAGCGUCAGCAAGAGGACCCGAAACCAGACCCCACACAUUCACUCCUUCCUCUUUUUUGUAAAAAAAAACCUGAACCAGGAGAGGGAUCAGGAUCCGUGCAGAGACCAACCAGACUCUCCUCUGCACCGUCACACCGCUGCUGUCUGUUUACAGCCCUCAGGAAGUCCACUUUGAUGUCUGCGUCAGUCCUGUCUUCAUGUGGACGCUUCAGUCUGCUCGGUGGACUCCUCCUCCUGGCCUCCUCUCCGAUCCUCACUGCAGGCCGGCAGAGUAACUGCACUCACCCUCUGGUUCCUGAACAUGGAGGCUUCCGCUGCGACCCGUCGCCGUGUCGAGGUUUCCACCAGAAGAGCACCAUCCACCUCUUCUGCGAGCCGGGCUACCACAUCAGCAACAAGGUGCGCGUGUCCAGGUGUACUCACGGGAAGUGGAAGCCUCAGAUCCCCACCUGCGUCCCCAUCAGAGACGGUCCAAACAUGAACUCUGACAACAGAGACAACGACUCGAUGCCCAGCAUGGCCACCACAGCGGUGGGCGUGUCCAUCUUCCUGCUCACCACCACUGCCUGUCUGGUCGUCAAGUCCCGCCUCUACCCCUGUCAAUCACACAGCCGGCGCUCCUCAGACCAGCUGGACCUGAUGGUGGACGGACUUCCUGUCUCUCUCCCCUCCUACGAGGAGGCGGUGUACGGCAGCUGGGGGCAGCGCCUCCCUCCCUGCUCAGCGCCGGGACCCACUCAGCUCCUGUUGGCUCAGGAAGCUCCACUCUGUCACCCGGCGUCUCUGAACAACCAAUCAGACGGCAGUCACCGCCCCCUCCUGUCCAAUCAGAGUCCGGACAACCCCCCGCCCCCCUACGAGGAGGUGCAGACGUCCCGUCCCAGAGACAGGAUGAGCAGUGGGGACAUCAGACAUGUCACACUUUCCAAUGACAAAGACACCUGAUGGACAGUUGAUUGUUAAUGAUGUCACCUUUUUGAUUGACAGCUAGCGGCAGCUCAGCCUUUAACUCGGUCUGACCACAAACGCCCGAAGAGACUGUCUGCACUUUUCCUGGUUUGCUUGCAGCUCAUCGGGAUGCCUUGUCCAAUCACAGGACGAAGAUAACAAGCUCUGAUUGGACGCUGUUUUAAAUGAGUUAAUGAUCGGGCGAAACCUCGUAUCUUAAAAAAGUUUGUUCAUAAAAAAGUGUUGUAGAAAUAUCAGAGUUAUGAGGUUUUUACAGGGCGGUGAUUGUGUGUGUGUGUGUGUGUGUGUGUGUGUGUGUGUGUGUGUGUGUGUGUGUGUGUGUGUUGUAUCUCUGGAGACGUUAUACUUCCCCUCAGUGACGGGGGUCGAUUGAGGCUUCCUCGGUGAAGUCUGCUGUGUGCUAUGUCGUCAUGGUAACCGCCUUCAUUUCAUUUCUUUCCUUUUUUUGUUUCAUGUUGGGUUUUUUGGGGGGGGGGG